GCUGAGAGGAAUUGCACUAUGGAUGAAUUUUUGUGCACCUUUUCAAAACGCUGUAUUUCUCGCCGAUGGUUAUGUGAUAAUUAUGAUGACUGUGGCGACGCAGCUGAUGAAAAUAUCACAAACUGUAUUUCGAGAACUUUACAUCGUAUUCCACUAAAAAUUGAGCAAAUUGAGGAGUGCAAGGAUUUUCUUUGUGCAUCCGGGGAAUGUUUGCCGUGGUCCAAAGUUUGUGACUUUCAAAUUGAUUGCGCUGAUUUAUCUGAUGAAGGCAGUUUGUGUACCAAAGUUUGCGCCAGAAAUGGUGGGUGUUCUCAGAAGUGCAUUAAGACUCCUUAUGAACCUAAGUGCUCAUGUUUUAAUGGUUUCAGUCUGACGUCCGAUGGUAAAACGUGUGAAGAUGUGAACGAAUGCCUCAUUUAUGGGAGCUGUAGUCACUUUUGCAACAAUACGAAAGGAGGAUUCAAAUGCAGCUGCGCCGAAGGGUACUUUUUGGAACAUGAUCAUCGCAGAUGUAAAGCCAUUGGUGGGCCAGCCACACUUGUUUAUAUACUUUCAGAUGAAAUAAGAGGAAUAGAUAUGAAUACACAUACCCCGAAAGUACAUCUCAGAACUAAGAAUUCUCUAUUAAGAGGAAUAGACUACAACUCUUUUGAUGGAGUUUUCUAUUGUUCUGAUCGAUUUCAGAAAACUAUUAACAGCUAUACUGUUGAUUCAAAUAGACAAGAUAAACUGAUCAGUUGUGAAAAAAGUCCUAGCUAUGUAAGAUGGGAUUGGAUUACCAAAAUCAUUUAUUAUGUUGAAGAUGACGGUACUAUCAAAGCCUGCAGCAAAGAUGGAAAAUACUGCUCAUCGUUAUUAAAACCUGUGGCCUUGUACCUGAGUGGUUUCGAUAUAUCACCAACAUACGGAUUUAUGUUCUGGUGCGUGGGGAUCAGAAGGCAAAAGUGGAGUUCUGGAAUCAUUGAACGAGCAGAAAUGGAUGGCUCUAAUAGAACAGCAAUAAUUUCCGAGAACAUAUUUAAUCCACUCUCACUUACUGUUGAUUUCAUUCCAAAGCUUAUAUAUUGGUUUGAUUCUAAGUAUAACAUUCUGGAAUGUACAGAUUUUCAUGGUCAGAGCAGGAAAGUAAUUUUGAUCAGCCACGCCUACUCUCCAUUAACCUUCACAAUAUUUGAAGAUUAUGUGUUCUUCGCAGAUUAUAAUACUGAUAGCCUCAUACGGUGCAACAAAUUCACUGGCGUAAAUUGUGUACAAUUCCAUAAAGGGAAUGGCCGUUAUGUUGAAGCUUUGAUGGCUGUACAUGUUGCUCAACAACCUGAAAGUAUAAACCGCUGCGCAUCCAAUCAAUGUUCUCAACUCUGUGUACCGACUCAUUCAAGCUACGUUUGCCGUUGCAGUGAUAACUUUACCCCGCGUGGGAACAAAUGCGACAUUGUGAUGACCACGAGCUCAACAGCUAGGCCAAAACUGUCUUGUCCUCACGCCCACUGUCUACAAGGAGCCCGUUGCAUUGUAGUAGGAGAAAAGUUUGCUUGCCAAUGUCCGGCAGCUUAUAUGGGAGACAAAUGCGAAAUACAAAUAAGGGCAGUUCCGGGAGGCCCGUAUAUUUAUUUUUGGUGCAUGGUAACUUUUAUAAUAGCAUGCUUGAUUGGAGCCACUAUUUUCUGCAUUCUGGGAUUUAAAGAGAUUAGGCUACGAAACAAAAUUAUAGCACGAAUGUCUGAAUUGAGAAAUGAAAUGCCAGAAGUAGCAAAAUACUACUACUGACUGAUAAACCAGUACAAAUUCAUUGUUAUAGAAGAGAUAUCACAUGUAUAUUAUUUAUAAACUAAUAAAAAUAAUAAGCUAAA